ACUUCCGGCGCAAGGGGCCGGGCUGGCCGGGCAGGGAGUGCGGGUCGGUUCUGCGCGCGCUGCCGGACGAGGCUCCCGCCGCCGAUUGACCCGCGCUCCGCCCGCAGCCGGGCCGGAGAUCUGACUGGCACAUAUUCCCGACUGCCACGAUAAGUUACAUGGGUAUGUGGUAAAAAAUUCAAACAGUACAGUAAAAAUCCUCUUUCUCAUCUUAAAUCUUCACUUGUCCAGUUCUGUUCCCUAGAGAUAACCAUUGGUAAGUUUCUUACAUCUCCUUCCAGAAGUUUUGUGUGCAUUCACAAGUGUGUAUAUUUAAAAACGUGAUUUUCUCUACACUUUUUUAACAUGUCAAUUCAUAAGGAUCUGCCUAAUUCCUUUUUUGUUUUUUUGUUUUUUUGAGAGGGAGUCUCGCUCUGUCGCCCAGGCUGGAGUACAGUGGCACGAUCUUGGAUCAUUGCAAGCUCUGCCUCCCGAGUUCACGCCAUUCCCCUGCCUCAGCCUCCCUAGUAGCUGGGACUACAGGCGCCCGCCACCACACCUGGCUAAUUUUUUUUGUAUUUUUAGUAGAGACGGGGUUUCACUGUGUUAGCCACCGUGUUAGCCAGGAUGGUCUCGAUCUCCUGACCUCGUGAUCCGCCCGCCUCAGCCUCCCAAAGUGCUGGGAUUACAGGCAUGAGCCACCACACCAGACCCCCAAUUCCUUUUCAUGACUGACUAGUACCCCAUUCAUAUGGUAAUAUUACUUAACCAGUCUCCCCUGAUGGGCAGUUAAGGUGUUUCCAAUCUUUUAUCAUUAUAAUCAAUACUUGUGAAGGCCAUGUGCAUAUUUUGCAUAUACAUACAAGUAUAUGUCCUAGAAAUGGAAUUGCUGACCCAAAGGGCAUGUGGGUUUACAUUCUGAAGACAUUGACAACUGCCCUCCAAAGAGGCUGUCAAUUUAUACUUCCAGCAGCAGCAAGCAUAUCAGAGUACGUUUUUUUAUUUUUGCCAAUCUGAAUCUCAGAGUUGUUUUUUUUUUUUUUUUUUUUUUUGAGACAGUCUUGCUCUGGCUGGAGUGCAGUCAGGUGAUCUGCCCGCCCCGACCGCCCAAAGUGCUGGGAUUACAGGCGUGAGCCACCACACCUGGCCUCAGAGUUGUUUAAUUCACAUUUAUUUAACGAUGAAUAAGGUCGAGCACCUAUUAAUACAUUUAUAAGGAAGGCCCUGGUGUUUAUUAGGGAGUGUAUAGUCUGCUGUAGCUGCUGCCUGCCUCCCUGGGGACUAACGGCAGCCAGCUUGGGGUCAGACUUGCGUGUAUGGUUUAGAUCCAGUUCAUUGCCCCCAGUUGAGAAACACUGCCCUGAGGUUACUCGGCUUUUACAGAAGUGUUCCUGUCCCCUACACUGUGCUGCCCUGGGAUUUGAAAUAAGUACUUGUUAACUUUGCUUAGGGCUUCUCUGUUGGCAGGGACCCUGGUAGCUAAUGUCAGAAGAAAGUGACUCUCUGAGAACCAGCCCUUCUGUGGCCUCACUCUCUGAAAAUGAGCUGCCGCCACCACCUGAGCCUCCGGGCUACGUGUGCUCACUGACAGAAGACCUGGUCACCAAAGCCCGGGAAGAGCUGCAGGAAAAGCCGGAAUGGAGACUUCGAGAUGUGCAGGCCCUUCGUGACAUGGUGCGGAAGGAGUACCCGAACCUGAGCACAUCCCUCGACGAUGCCUUCCUGCUGCGCUUCCUCCGAGCCCGCAAGUUUGAUUACGACCGGGCCCUGCAGCUCCUCGUCAACUACCACAGCUGUAGGAGAAGCUGGCCCGAAGUAUUCAAUAACUUGAAGCCAUCAGCCUUAAAAGAUGUCCUUGCUUCCGGGUUCCUCACCGUGCUGCCCCACACUGACCCCAGGGGCUGCCAUGUUGUCUGCAUCCGCCCAGACAGAUGGAUACCGAGCAACUAUCCAAUUACUGAAAACAUCCGAGCCAUAUACUUGACCUUAGAAAAACUCAUUCAGUCUGAAGAAACCCAGGUGAAUGGAAUUGUAAUUCUUGCAGACUACAAAGGAGUGAGUUUAUCAAAAGCAUCUCACUUUGGCCCUUUUAUAGCCAAAAAGGUGAUUGGCAUCCUCCAGGAUGGUUUCCCCAUUCGGAUAAAAGCAGUCCAUGUUGUGAAUGAACCUCGAAUAUUUAAAGGCAUUUUUGCCAUCAUAAAACCAUUUCUAAAGGAGAAAAUAGCAAACAGAUUCUUCCUCCAUGGGUCUGACUUGAACUCUCUCCACACAAACCUUCCGAGAAGCAUUCUCCCCAAGGAGUAUGGGGGCAUGGCUGGAGAGCUGGACACUGCCACCUGGAACGCAGUACUGCUGGCUUCAGAAGAUGAUUUUGUGAAAGAGUUCUGCCAACCUGUCCCUGCCUGUGACAGCAUCCUGGGCCAGACGCUGCUGCCUGAGGGCCUGACCUCAGAUGCACAGUGUGACGACUCCUUGCGAGCUGUGAAGUCACAGCUGUACUCCUGCUACUAGCCUGUCCCCCAGGGUCACCAUCUUUAAUUCUUUUCCUUCUUUUCUUUGGAGGCACAAGAAUUUAAGGAUCCAAGGAUUCAGUCUUGCUCCUUGUAAUUAAACUGCAGGAUGGAGGAACAGCCUGUGAGAUAUGAGGGUGAGCACAUUUUGGGGUAAGCCUUUGGUUACUUGAAUUACUCCAUGGAAGACAUGGAAAAUGUCCCCACUGAUUCUUAACAUUUGGAAUCCCAGUCUGCAACUAUUAAUCUGGAGGCUAUAUCUGUUUUGUUUUGCUUUUUGGUUGGAGGGUGGUGAUCUGGUUCUUACACAUCUUGGAAGCAAGAAAAAUCAGGACCAAAGUCACUUUGAUCCCACUUUUCCAGGAGAAAAACAACCUGUUUGGCCAGUGAGAACUACUUGUAUGAAAUAAUUUGGCCAAACCUGCAGUGUGACCAAAUGUGAGACUGGGAGUUUGUUUUUCACAGGAACCCUAAGUAUAGACCUCUGCUGCUCAUCAGGAACCUUACUGGAGAUCAAGGCCCCAGCUGUUGUCACCGGGUUUGGAAAGCACCUUAACUGAAUCAUGUAAGCAUCAGGACAUAAGCAGCACUUUGUGGUUAAAUGUGGAAGCCAGAGACUUCAAAGCACCUCUGGGACCCAUUGGUUGACACUUGCAAUAGAAACUUAAGUUUUCCCAAAUCCAUAAAGCCUUAGCCCUGGUUCUCAAUAGAAUCAGGGACCUAGCAGGAAAUGAUUUUACUCAACCUAAAAUGCUGGAUUCCAGGCCCGUGUAGCUACAAGAAUUCUGGCCUGGAUCCCAGGUGUGCAACUAUGGACAAGACAUGGGCCUCUACCUUCUCCUCUAUAAAAUGAGGCUGGAUGAAAUGUCAGCUAGGGCCGUUUUGGCUGCUGAGGCUCUGGGAUUUGGUUUAGUUACUGAAUGUUAGAUUUUCUGCCUGGAAAGAUAACUAUCUAGAUAGAAGUGGUUGGAUUCUGUUUUUGUUUGUUUGUGGUACACGUGUCUUUCCAAGAGAGAUGUGUCAACAAUUAGCCCUGCCUUUAAAGAAACUAUUAUAUGUAUUUCUGGGGCUCACUGACACCAAUUUUCUUUUUAUAGUGAUGGUUAAAUUUUGAAAAGAUGGCUUUUGUGAGGCCAGGUAAGGUGACCAGGAUCUUGUAUGAUGAAUUCCUUCCAUCCCUGAGACUCUGGUACUAUAUUGUAAACCUGGCUACAGUAGUUAAUUACUUGAGAUUCUUAAAUUUUGGUCUCUGGGCCAGGUGUGGUGGCUCAUGCCUAUAAUCCCAGCACUUUGGGAGGCCAAGGUGGGCGGGUCACGAGGUCAGGAGUUCCAGACCCGCCUGGCCAAGAUGGUGAAACCCUAUCUCUACUAAAAAUACAAAAAUUAGCUGGGCGUGGUGGCGGGCUCCUGUAGUCCCAGCUACUCGGGAGGCUAAGGCAGAAGAAUCGCCUGAACUCAGGAGGUGGAAGUGGCAGUGAGCCAAGAUCGCACCACUGCACUCCAGCCUGGGUGACAGAGCAAGACUCUGCCUCAAAAAAAAAAAAAAAAAAUUUUUUUUUUUGGUCUCUGGAAAUGAACACAAGGGCAGGUUAUUGCUGGGUCACUUCUGGGCCCCCCUGCCCUCCCAGCCCCACUUGAGUUUCUCUCUCUGGUGUGGGUGAACCAGUCAGCCUGAAUGUUAUGCAUUUUAGCACUUUAGAACCUCCCUGUCAAGAUUUUAGCCUUAGCCCAAACAUCAAAUUAGAUGGUUCACAUGAUGGUUUUUGACCUAUUUCCUUUCUAACGUAUUCCACAUGAUCAUGGUGUUAAAUAGUGGAAAGUACUGUGUUGUGUGUACACCUUCUCUGUGCAUUUAUUAGACUAACCAGUCAAGGCAGACAGCUCAAUUAGGGAGAAAACAAUACCCUGGACUUUGAAGGCCAGUCUGUUGUUACUAAGCUGUUUAUCUCUAUUGCCUUUUUAAAUGUCUGGAUAAGUUGUUGGUGGAAAUUAAGUUACUUAACCUCAUUAAUACCAAUUCUAGAGAAACUUCUUUUCAGCAUGGAUAGUAACCCUGGAUCCUCUAGGGUCCUGGCUGAGCUGGGAGUGUCAAAAAGCACUCCUGGCUGCUUCUGGUUCCAUCUGACAAUGAUGUGACCCACACUGCUGAAAAGGCCCAAGUAGGGCAAGCGGGAUGGCUAAAGGAGGGAAGGAGGGGGUUCAGAACCCAGUGGCCUGGAUGGGAGAACUGGGUGGAGGCUUCCCCAAGAGGGAAGACAGAUAAACAAAACAAAACAAAAACUGGGUAAAGAGGAAUGAAUCACUCAGCCCUGAUGUUUCAAUUCUACACUGCAUUCCUGGCCAGUCGCAUUUGUUUUAAUGUAGGCAUGGCCAAAGAUCUCCUAGAGAAUUAUCGCAAAGACCAGAAGGGACUUGGAGAGGCCUAUUUCUUAGGUUUUUCCAGUUGGACAAGGAAGGAGUGGUUUCACUCAGCUUCUAGGAGGUGGAGCCUAAGUUUAUCUGCCUCCGGGAGCUGCUUGCUUUGUUUUGGCUCCAAAGAGGUAUCAAAUAGUUUUGACACCUCAGGAAACUUGAACCAAGCUGUGAAACCAAGACCUCCCUGGGUGAAAAUCAAGGUGGUCUCCUUGUGGCUUCACCAGGGUGUUUGUGUCAGGCCGUCUCAGCAGGGUGGGGAAUGACCAGCGAGGGAGCACAGUGAGCCUUACUCAGCACUGCGGAGCGCAGUGGUGAGGCAAACACAUGAACCUCAAGAACUGGGAGUAUGUUCCUUCAGGGAGAAGUUCUGGCCCAUUGCACAAACACUUGGAAAUUAACUUUUCCCUAAAUUCAAGGUAGUGUGGUGUCGGAAGGAAAUGGGACAGUAAAUUAGGAGAUGCGGGCUCCACCUUUACCUUACUACGUGGCCUUGGAUGAGCUGGCUGAACAUCCCUGAGUGAUUCUAUGAUAGAGAUCUAUACUCCAAACUUUAUUCCUGGUAUCUAGUUGGCUUCACUGCCACAGAGACACUGUACUCUGUCUUUUUAGAAGUUUUUUUCCUUUUUUUCCCCCUCAAUUGGCUUGUUAUUUAGUAAAUUUAGGUCUGAAUGAAUUGGUACCUAAAAGCUUCCAAAUCUAUACAUUCAGAAUAUGGGAAUUUUCUUCCUCUUCUUCCCCCAUAUCCCAACAUGGAAUUCUGGAAAACUGUGCCUCUUCCCCUGUUCUGCCUUCAUGGGGGAAGAGACUGGAUGAAAUCUACAGAAACAGCCAAAAGUGCCACCCUGGCUUCAUGUCUUGAGUUUCUAACUUGCUCUUGGCAAAGGUCACUUUAUUUUUUAAUUUUUUUCCUUGCAUUUUCUUUUUAUUCUGUUGCUGCUGCAAAAAUUAAGGCAAAAGUAGCUUUAGAUCUUUCAUGUUUCAUCCUGGUUUCACAAGGAGUCACUUAUCUUAGGAGGUCUGUAAGUCAGGUUACAAGGCCGGGCGCGGUGGCUCACACCUGUAAUCCCAACACUUUGGGUGGCUGAGGUGGGUGGAUCACCUGAAGUCAGGAGUUUGAGACCAGCCUGGCCAACAUGGUGAAACCCCAUCUCUACUAAAAAUACAAAAAAUUGGCUGGGCAUGGUGGCGGGCGCCUGUAAUCCCAGCUACUUGGGAGGCUGAGGCAGGAGAAUCACUUAAACCCAGGUGGCAGAGGUUGCAGUGAGCCGAAAUCGUGCCAUUGCACUCCAGCCUGGGUGACGAGUGAAAUUCCAUCUCAAAAAUAAAAAUAAAAAUUUAAAAAUCAGGUUACAAAACACUAUUUUUCCAGAAAUAAGACAAUAAUAGGCUUUUCUCUGAAUUCCUUUAUAUUGAGCCUUUCCGAAUUCUCCCUGGGUGGGCAACUUCUUUAAAUAGUAUUUGACUCUCGCCGGGCGCGGUGGCUCACGCCUGUAAUCCCAGCACUUUGGAGGCGGAGGCGGGCGGAUCACGAGGUCAGGAGAUCGAGACCAUCCUGGCUAACACAGUGAAAUCCCGUCUCUACUAAAAAAAUACAAAAAAUUAGCCGGGCGCGGUCGUGGGCGCCUGUAGUCCCAGCUACUCGGGAGGCUGAGGCAGGAAAAUGGCAUGAACCUGGAAGACGGAGCUUGCAGUGAGCCGAGAUAGUGCCACUGCACUCCGGCUUGGGCAAAAGAGUGAGAUUCUGUCUCAAAAAAAAAAAAAAAAAUUGUAUUUGACUCUCAGAUCAAUCAUGGAAUUUUUUUUUCAUUUGGGUAGCAAAAGCUAGAGUACUGCUGUGGCGAUUAUAAUACUUUUAAAAAGUUUUACCAUUUUAAAGUUGCCAACAUUUAAAAUUUUCCUUUGAAACCUCCUUUAAUUUAGGGAGUAAAAUGUUAGCUAAACCAAUUAUAUACUAUAUACUAUACACUGUAUCUCCUGUGGCCAUGAGAGGUGUGGCUAUACCGAACAGAAACAUGUCUACUGUUCAGGAAAGAUGUCGGUUCUGGUAACACCUCUCUGUAUUGGGAUCUGUUAAUUUUGUAAAUCUAAAUUCUUCUGCUCUUGGCCAGGUGCAGUAGCUCAUGCCCUGUAAUCCCAGAACUUUGGGAGGCUGAAGGGGGACGGAUCAUUUGAGGUCAGGAGUUUGAGACCAGCCUGGCCAACAUGGUGAAACCCCAUCUCUACUAAAAAGUACAAAAAUUAGCUGGGUGUGGUGGUGCUUGCCUGUAAUCCCAGCUACUUGGGAGGCUGAGGCAGGAGAAUCGCUUGAACCCAGGAGGCAGCGGUUGCAGUAAGCCAAGAUUGUGCCACUGCACUCCAGCCUGGGUGACAAAGCAAUAUUCCGUGUCAAAUAAAUAAAUUCAUUCUUCUGCUCUCCUGACUUAGAGAAAUGGUUUGCUUAAAAUGCUAGUAACAAACAUCAUCACAGUCAAUAGGAGCUUGCUUCAUGGGAAGGAUCAAUGUGAUUUGUGGAUGGAGAUGAUAGUGAUGAAAUUCCUGUUUCAUAGGGCUGUUUUCCUUUUUUUUUUUUUUUUGAGACGGAGUCUUGCUCUGUCGCCCAGGCUGGAGUGCAGUGGCGUAAUCUUGGCUCACUGCAAGUUCCGCCUCCCGGGUUCACGCCAUUCUCCUGCCUCAGCCUCUCUGAGCAGCUGGGACUACAGGCGCCCGCCACCACGCCUGGCUAAUUUUUUGUAUUUUUAGUAGAGACGGGGGUUUCACCGUGGUCUCGAUCUCCUGACCUCGUGAUCUGCCCACCUCGGGCUCCCAAAGUGCUGGGAUUACAAGCGUGAGCCACCGCGCCUGGCCCAUGGGGCUGUUUUUCUUUUCAUCUCACUGGGCAGCAGGUUUAGUGAGGCAGUGAGAUGCUGCUGCUGUGGAUUCUUGUAGCUAUGCCUGGGCUUCGUGGCAUAUCAGGUAGGAACCUGUUACAAGUGAAAUACUUGAAACCUCUCUGACCAAGAGCCUCUGAUGGAGUGGGAGGUGAGCUAAUUUUCUGACCAGCUUGGGGCACUGUUUCAGCCACUGGUCACAUUCCUUGCUUCAAACUGAAAUUCAGUUUGGCUUUGAGUAUAGGGAUACAUGGUGGAUUCAUGUACUUCAGUGUUUGUUUUGACCAAAGUUUAUUUUUCUAGUGCAUUUUCUAAGUCAAAGUGGUGAAAAUAAUGUAAAUUUUAGUAUGCAUGACUGAGUCUGAAACAAUAAAAAUCUCUGAAAAAUG